UUGCCUUUACUGAAGGAUCCGGCACAGGAGGAAGGCGAUCCACUGGUCCAGGUAGAGGCUGUCUGGAGAGGAAGGGAGGAUGAAGGAAGAGCAGGACUCAGUUGGUCCAGAGACAAGAGAAGGCCCCGAAGCCACCGAGGCUGGGAGCAGAAGGGAAGUGUGGGAAGGUGCCAUGUGGAAGAGCCUGGGAGAGGAUUUUCCCCCUUCAGAAGGGCAAUGCCAGCAAUUCAGGCACUUCUGCUACCACGAGGCCAAAGGGCCCCGAGAGGCCUGCAGCCGACUGCACCAUCUUUGCCACCAGUGGCUGAAGCCAGAAACGCACAGCAAGAAGGAGAUCCUGGACCUGGUGGUCUUGGAGCAAUUCCUGGCCGUCCUGCCCCCGGAGAUGGAGAGCUGGGUCAGGGAAUGCAGGCCAGAGACCAGUUCCCAGGCAGUGGCCCUGGCAGAAGGCUUCCUCCUGAGCCAGGCAGAUGCCAAGAAUCAGGUCCAACAGGUGCAGGAAAAGAUUGUGGAGGAGCAUUACCAUGGAGCAGAAUUUCCAGGUAAGAUUAAAAGGGCUGUUAUUCCCACUGGACUUCCUUCUCAAGUGUAAGUGGGCUGCAUUU